ACCAGUUGUUUGAUGCCUACUUCCCCAAUGUAUUACAUGUGAAUGCCCUUCCUAAGGAUGUCCUAAAGAAGACUGGUCCCCGUCCAUUUGUUGAAGUGUCAAUUCUCAGGAGACAGAUGCCAGAGUAUGGUGCAGAUACUAUUAAGUAUUUCAAAGUACUGGUUCAGGAGGCUAGCUUGAAGGUUGACAAUGGUUUCAUCCUGUCUGUAUUAGAUGUCUUCUCACACUUACAAGAGGAACAAGACGAGGUGCUAUCAUUACGUGCCGAUCUGAACUACAUCCAGAGCUCCCUUAAGGAGACAUCUAAGACCAUAUCAAGCAGUACUGCUAACCCUAUCUUCUUUGAAUUCUUCCAUCUAUCUCCACUCAAGUUCAUUGUGAGUCUCUCACUGAGCGGGGAGCCACACAUAACCAAUGAGAAGCCUUCAUCCUUUCAACGAGAUCUUGGGCGUGUCCUACUGGAGAGCAUCGGAUCCACCCUUACAGAGGUCACUGAAGUAGAACUCAAGUUGGGUUACUUUGAGAGGAGGAAUGCCCUCUUGACGACAGCGCAGCUGACGUCAGAGGUUCAGGCUCAUUACAUCUCACAGGGAAUCAAACAAGCCUAUGUGUUCAUCCUAGGCUUGGAUGUACUAGGGAAUCCCUAUGGGCUGUAUAGAGACGUCAAGGAGGGCAUCAGUGAUCUCUUCUAUGAACCGUAUCUGGGAUUGAUCCAGGGCCCAGGGGAGUUUGCAGAGGGUCUUGCCAAGGGUGUACAGAGUCUACUUGGACACACAAUAGGUGGAGUAGCAGAAGCAUUUGGUGGUGUGUCAGGAACCUUGGGCAAGGCCCUCUCUGUUCUCUCCUUUGAUGAGGAUUUCCAGAGGAAUCGAGAGAGACGUAUGAGGAGACACCCAGACAGCUUUCCAUUCCAGCUUCUCAAUGCUGGCCAGGGUUUUGUCAUGGGGAUAGUCUUGGGUCUAUCAGGGGUUGUGACGUCCCCUAUCCACGGUGCCCAUGAGGAGGGUAUCAAGGGAUUCUUCAAGGGAAUCGGUAAAGGCUUGAUGGGUCUCAUCGUAAAGCCCCUCGGAGGAACUAUUGAUGCCAUCACCCUGGUCCUGGAAGGUGUAGAGAGGGCAGCAGAGGCUGGAGAGCAGGUCGUAGGUCGGCUCAGGAUACCCAGGUUCAUCAAUCCAAAACAGGGCCUGACUCCAUACUCCCCAUACAGGGCUGUCGGUAACAGCAUCUUACACAAUAUCAGACGCAAGGAAAUCUACAACACUGAUAUCUACUAUGCACAUGCCACUGUGUCAUCGGACAGUACUCCGGAUGUGGUACUCAUCACGACAAGGCGGGUCUUGGUCCUAGAGAAAUGCCGUUGGUCUGGAGGUUGGGACCUGGAGCAAGGUGAUAGGUUCAAGACCAUUCUCACCUUACCAAAGAAAGAUGGCAAUAAAAUCAUCUUUACUGCUGUGCAUGAAGGGAAGCAGAAGAAGAGAGAGAUUGUUUGUCAAAAUGCAGAACUUUGUCAGUGGGUGCUCGUCAGGCUGGAAGAAGCCCUCCGCAAGUUCCAGGAGGAGAAGAAUCGGAUUGUGACCAUCUAAAGGUCCUGCUGGCUCCAAGGAGCUCUGUCUCCAGGUCAGAUGGUGGAGAAUGCUGGAGAUGAAGAGGGGGAACUGGAGACAGCAUGAGGUUUUGAAAGGCGGUGUUUUAUAAAAACUUAAGCAGUUUUUAGGGGGAGUUUGAUAAAGGUUGCUUACCAAGUACCAGGCGUUGUGCAUGUACAUCACCCUGAGAGGAAUUAGUCUCCAGGUGAGGUGCUGGAGAAUGCUGGAGACAAAGAAGGAGAAGUGGAGACAUCACACAGAAUCCGAUCAUGAAAGAUGAUCAUAAACUAGUUAGCAUCAAUUUUUACGGGGAGUUUUACACAUGUUACUUACCAAGUAACAGUUGUUUUACAAGAAGAACCAGUUUUGUGACCAACAGAGGUGAUGUAAUGCUCCACCUGUCAUAUCAUGUGGCAGUGAUUAUCUCAGGCCAAGCAUUGUCUGUGAUGAGAUUGAUAUUUUUUGUGGGAUAUAUUUCUUUUCUUUUCUUUUUUUUUUUGGUGUUUCAGAAAGAAAAAAAAAUUGCUUCAUCUUAACUGUAAUUUGGUGCAAUGUUUACUUUCUUUAAUAAUAUUAGCUUUCAACUGCUAUGGAAAGUUAGAAGAAGCUUUGUCAUCCCAUCAUAAACAUACAUGGUUCUCUUUUUGUUGAUAGGAGGAAUGGCCUAGAUUUUUGUUUGUAUGUUCAUUGUUACAAAGGCCAGGAAAAUAGAUACAGAUCGAGAUGUAGAAUAUGCAAAGAACGUGGCAGAUGAAAUAUGAUAAGAAGUUGAGGAAUGUAUGUACUUGUGAUUUGAAAUAUCGUAUACAUUUUCAUGAGGAGAUUAUGUAGAUUUGGCAUUUGUUUUGUUUAUACAUGUAUGUGCUUCAAAGUUGUGUACUUCUCUUACCUUCUAUGUGAUUAUUCUGACUUAAAUCCCAAGACAAAAAUAGUAGAUGGAGGAAUAUAAUUGAUGCGAAGUGGAUGAUUGUUUCUUUCAAUGAUAAAGAUUUGUUUAUCCUGGAAUGUUAAAAAUUGUGAUCCUCCUCAUGGUUAGGAAUUUAUGCCUUGCAUAUAUCAAGGAAUAUAUUUCUUGAAAGACAUAGUUUCCUCUAUGUUUCAAAGCAACAGAGCUGUACAUUUAUACUGCUUCUUAUAUUGAAGAACAAUCCCUUUUUGUACUGCUCAAAUUAAAGUAUUGGACAAGCUGGUGAAUUCACUUGGUUUUAGCAACCUUUUCAUUGAAAAACAAUUGUUCCAACUUGUGGCUUUGAUCAUUGCUCAAGCCAUAUUUUGCAGUGACCUCUCAUCAUUUUGAUUGAAAUAUCUUUUGUAUUAUUAUGGAGAUGGAUCCCUUUAUUAAGGCUGACCGCUUUCUUUGUAAUAUACUUCAACAUUAAAAAAAACGUAUUGCCAAAUGAGUGCAGCUGCAUUUAAGUCUUGCAAAUCAAAGUAUUCAACUUUUUUUAUUGUAAACUGAAAGUAAAGGGAGGCAAAACUCACAAUGCAACUCAUCAUUGUCUUACAAAGGUAAAGUUUGAAAAUGGCAAAUCUUGUUUGUGUUUGUAGGAAUAUGUAUUUGUAUGGUUUGCUGUUGUAUUUUAGAGAUAUAAUGUACCUGGUAACUGCCAUGUUAAAAUGCUGAUGGUGAAUGUUAAAAUGCCAUGUUAAAAUGCUGAUUGUGAAUGUAAACGUUGAGCAGGCCAGGGUCCACAAGGGAUAGCGAUCAAUCGUAUGCUUGAUUUCCAUAAUGAAUUGUACAUUGUAGUUAAUGCAAUCAAUUGUAAAAAAAAAAUCUAUGAUUUUUGCUAAGCUCUGUGUUUCAGUCCCUUGGGCACCAUUCAUGAAGCUUGUAAGCUCUGACAAGUUUUUUUUCUUUUGACAGAUACUGUAGCCCGCAUUCUGAACUCUAAUUUAACUUCCACUAUGGUCUGAAGUUGUGGUUUAACUAUGGAAAGCCAAAUGUGACAUCAGUAUCUAGAAUCAGAUGAUACAUUUAUCAUUAUAUAUUAUAUUUGGCAUUUAAAUCAUUUUAAAAAAUCUGUAAAUUGAUAAUGAUGAUGGUUUUCUUCACCGUUAUACCAUGAGAAGGAAGGAUCCAAGUAAACACAAAAAGUAUUAAAGUUUAAACAAUCUUUUGUUAUGAUAGCUUUGUAGCCAAGUUUAAUGAAUAAUAAAUAAUACAGGAUUUGUAUAGUGCACGUAAAGUAUCCACCUUGCUAGGUGCUCAAGGCGCUC